AUGGCGGCGCUGGGGGAGCGAUGUGAUGUGCAGGCGGGUCAGGCGAGUGGGCAACGCGGCGGCGCGGGCGCGGGCGGCUGGCGCUGGGGCGCGUGGCGCGUGCCGGCCGAGUACCUGCCGCUGCUCGUGGGCACCGUGUGCGGCGGCGCCCUCCUGCUGCUGCUGCUCGCCGCCGCCGUCGUGUGGCGCUGCUGCGUCGUGCCGCGCCGCGACAAGGCCUACUCCGCCACCGCCACUACCGCGUCUGCCGACAUUGCCCCUAUCGCCGCUACCGCCACUCCCACCACCACUGGCACCACCGCCACUGCCCCGCAGCCCCACACCUUCUCCUCCGCCACCACUACCACCGCCUCAGCCUUUGCCAUCGCUAACGCCACUGUCACCGCCACCGCCACUCCAUCGCUACUACCACUGCCACCCCGCCUCAGUGCGCCCAGGCACCUGUCGUUCCGCUAUAAUUCUCUGGCGCUAAGCAGCGACUGUUGUCAGCAAAUGCCCAGUACAUCAGGCAUUGACCAGAGGCGUCGCCCAGUCAGUCAACCUAUUAAGUUUGGCCCUUGUGAUCCUGUGUCAUCAGAGAUUCAUUGUCAUCACCUACCAGAAAUUUCUGAAUUCAAUGCUCAAAGCAAUCAGUAUGCAUCAAGCAGCAUUCUUGAUGAGGUGGGGACUAGGGGGACAGAACCUACCCCUGGUCCAGCAACUUUAAAAACUCGAAGUCUCCCUGCAUGGGUGAGGUCACGAUCACGGCCUCUUUCAACAGAAGAUGAUCUUGCAGAGUUAUAUGCAAAGGUAAAUUUUAGUAAAAAAAGAAAAAAUCGCAUGAGAAAUGAUGAAGCAGCCAUAAUUGCCUUGAGUAAAUCCCGCAGUCAGUAUUUACAUAAAGACACCGAUUCCCUAGUCAACAAUGAAGCAGUGAUUGUGUAUGAUGAACGGACUGCUUUAUGAAUCUGUUGGACUUAUUGCUAAAGUUUUCCUUAAAUGACUGAACAUUCCAUUGAAUAUAAGAAGAAAAAGGCACCAAAUCAUUUUCUUUCAACAAUAGGAAUUGCUAAUUAGUACCAUAAAAAUCCUAAUGGAAUAUUAUGGUUCCCAGUAGCCCAGAUUUUCUUUCAGUCUUAGCUGCAGAAUUCCUAAGAUUGUUAAAAAGAGAUCUGUGAUACAGAGUUCAAUCCAGCAAAUAAACAAUCUGAAAUACAUUCUUUUUAACCUGAUUGUGGUUAUGAAUGAACAGGCAAGUCUCCAUUAGAUUAUUUCAGUGUUGUUAUUUUUCAUUUGAUGUGUUUCUGUUUGAGAAGCAAUCAUACCGUCCUGCUUCUCUAUAAGGGUACAGCAGAGACAAAUAUUGUGAAAUGAUCGUAACACAUCUUAUAUUAAGAUAAUGUUAAUAUAUAGUUCAAGAAUUUCAAUAUUAAUUGAAUAAUUUAUUCUUCCUGUUCUAGUCACUCCUUAUAAUAUAUAAUUCCACAGAUCUGUAUAUACAUGUGCACAAAGUAUGAUUGCAAAAGAGUAAUAUGUAAUGCUAUAUUUUGUAAUUAAAGAGACGCCUGAAUGUUUUUGAAUUCACAGGCCUACAUGAAAUACUUUCUACUGUAAUUUAUUCUGUAAGUAUAAGGGCAGAAUAGUUUUUAAUAUAUAUGCAGAAGUAUACUGACAGAAUGUGGUAGAAUAGAGACAUCCAAACCUCUCUGUAAAAUUGAAUAGACAAGAAAACAAUGAAGCACAAAUGCCCUGACCAAAACAACAUCAAAAGGGUAUUGAGAUAUCAGCUUUAUAGGUGAUUAUAUCUGCUAAACUUACAAGGGAAUGAUCAAAGGCAUCAUGUAGAAACAUGCCCUGAUUCUUUUUUUUUAGCAAUGUGAAUUAAAUGUGAAGGAAAGAGCGCAAAAAAUUUCAGCAGCUCAUAUGCGC